AUUUACAUUACUGAAAGUCUAAAGGCCUUAUAUCAAAGUUUGCCACCUUUGUCGGGGAGCGUUAAUUUCGCGUCCACUUCACUUCUAUUGAAAUUGAAGGUCUCCUUUAUUAUCAGCAUGCUCUGCACCACAGUGAUCCUUAAUCCUACGGAUUUGUGCGCCCAGAUCUCCAUUUCUGUUUCGAGGGUUGAUCCAAGGGAUUAUGAGAAGGUUUUGGAAACGUUCUAAAUGCUUUUUUAAAAACAAGUUUCGAGUAGUCUAGAUUCCAGCAGAACACUUGAAUCUAAAUGUUUAUUUAAGUGUUGAAGAUGUUACUCUUUGGUAGUACUAAAUCCAGCGGAUUUUCCAUGAAGCCACAAGAAUCCAUGAAACUCACAUUUGCAAUUGUUUGUGGAAUUUUCAUUGGAUUUUUUAUUGGAAUAUUAUUUUCAAGCAUUUUGUAUUCACAGUUUGAUUUUCUGUCAAGGACUUUACCAAUAACAUUUGGACUCUCCUCUCAGAAGGUUAAUGACACAGACAUAGUUUGCAAAAGGCUGAUGGAUGCUCAUGAGCGGUCUUUGUCUGCUCCAAAUGGCAACAGCAUGAGAAAAAUCUCACUAUAUAAUAAUAAAUCAAAGAUAUUUGUGGAAUCAAAUCCUCAUGGAGCAGAGACACUACCUCCUGGAAUCGUUGUGCGCGAGACAGAUCUAUACCCCCGUAGGUUAUGGGGUAAGCCUAGUGAGGAUUUGCCAUUUAAACCAAAAUAUUUGGUAGCAUUCACAGUUGGCAUUAGACAAAAGUAUAUUGUUAAUGACAUGGUUUCAAAGUUCUCAGAAAAAUUCUCAGUUAUAUUAUUCCAUUAUGAUGGAAUAACAACAGAGUGGGAUCAAUUUGAAUGGUCUCGACAUGCAAUUCAUGUCAGCACAAAAAAGCAAACAAAAUGGUGGUUUGCAAAAAGAUUUCUUCAUCCAGAUAUUGUGGCACCGUACGAAUACAUAUUUAUUUGGGACGAGGACCUAGGACUUGAGCAUUUUGAUGCAGAAAAAUACUUAGAACUUGUAAGGAAGCAUAGUUUGGAGAUAUCACAGCCUGGUUUAAAGCCAAAUAAUGCUUUGGUAUGGAAUAUGACUAAAAGGAGGACAGAUGUGGAAGUGCAUACGAAUGCAGAGGAGAGACCUGGCUUAUGCCGUGAUCCACAAUUACCACCAUGUGCAGGGUUUGUGGAAAUAAUGGCUCCUGUAUUUUCUCGGAAGGCUUGGCGGUGUGUUUGGCAUAUGAUUCAGAAUGAUCUGGUGCACGGAUGGGGUUUAGAUCUUUCUUUACAGAGGUGUGCAGAGCCUGCCCAUGAGAAAAUUGGAGUUGUUGAUGCCCAAUGGAUUGAACACAAAAAUGUGCCUUCAUUAGGAAGUCAGGGGGAAUCUAGCGAGGGAAAGUCACCUUGGCAAGUGGUACGUGAUAGAUGCUUCUAUGAAAUGAGAAAGUUCCAAAUUCGGAUGGAUAAAGCUGAGAAAGAUUACAGGCAAAAUGUUGAGCUGAGAAAUUAGUCUUUUAUUUUAGGAGAUUAUGAUGUAAUUUAUGAUUGUUCUCAUUGUAAUUUACAAAAUACAAACUAAAGAACACUUUUUUCA